AUGUCCCUCAGACGCUCAGCCCGACUGGGUGCCAUCCCAAUCCUGCAGCCAGAGCAGAUUCCAGCAACGAAGAGGACCAAAGUCCAACACAGCGGCAUCACCAAGCCCCGCAAGACACCCGCAACGAAAAAGGCCACACCAAAGACGCCAGCCAUCGCAACAACGGCUUCAACAAGCUCCUACUGGGAUCCAGCACCGGCAACAGCACCAACCCAGAAAAACCAAGUAACUAACAACAGACACCUUACACCACCCCCACUAGACCGACCCGUCGAUCCGCACCGAACAAACGCAACCCUCCUAACACCCCACGGCUCCUCAAUAAACGCCUACCCAACCGCCUCCGAAGCCUCGCCCUCGAAAACCGGCCUCCCCCGCCCCAUCGCAACAACAGGAACCCUCCUCGAGCAGGGCCUCGCCCACCUAAUCGCAACAGACCCGCGCCUCAGACCCGUCAUCGAAGCUCACCCUUGCCCGCUCUUCUCACCCACUGGACUGGCAGAGCAAAUCGACCCCUUCAACAGCCUGACAAGCAGUAUAAUCGGGCAACAGGUCUCCGGCGCCGCGGCAAAGUCCAUCAGGAAUAAAUUCCUUGCAUUGUUCAAUCUGACUGAUCCUGAGGGGAUUGCGCAUUCGCGGUUCCCGACGCCGGAGACUGUUGCUAGGUGUGAGAUUGCGACGCUCCGGACGGCGGGAUUGAGUCAGCGCAAGGCGGAGUAUAUCCAGGGGUUGGCGAAGAAGUUUGCGGAGGGGGAGCUGAGUGCGAGGAUUCUGGCGACGGCGUCUGAUGAGGAGCUUGUUGAGAGGCUUACGGCUGUUAGGGGGUUGGGGAAGUGGUCUGUUGAGAUGUUUGCUGUUUUUGCGUUGAAGAGAAUUGAUGUUUUUUCGACAGGAGAUUUGGGGGGUGCAGUAAGUUUCGUCCCCUUUUAUAUGAAGUUUUAUUGCCCCUAUUUUCUGACUGAUCACAGACGAGGAUGUGCGGCUUUCCUCGGGAAAGAUGUAAAUAAGCUCAAGGCAAAGGGCGGUGGUAAGUUCAAAUAUAUGGCCGAGCAAGAUAUGUUAGAGUUGGCUGCGAAAUUCGCGCCGUACAGGAGUCUUUUUAUGUGGUAUAUGUGGCGGAUUGAGAAUGUUGAUGUGGCUGUUCUUACGGGAUGA